AGUUGUCCUCAUCUGACCUCCAGACGCAAACAAUCCUGGCGCAGCUCAGUGACCUCUCCCCUCCGGCCCUCUCCCCCCACCCGAACAUGAACGGGCCUGUGCUUUGUUCCACCUCGGAGGACCUGUCUCCUCACCAGGCUCCUCCUACCCUUGAGCCCUAUGGCCCUACCCCGCAGAAUCAGCAGGUUGACGACUCCAGCUCCGCCGGAUCUCUUCUGUCCGGCUCUGGCCUCCUCCUUGCCCGUUCCCUCCUUGGUCGCCGAAGUUCUUCUUCCUCGCCCAGCUCUUCGCCUUCUUCAUCCAACCUUCGGAGGCGCCGUGAAUUUACGCCGGAUGAGAGUAAAGACGACAACUACUGGGAUAAAAGGCGCAAGAACAACGAGGCCGCCAAGCGUUCGCGGGAGAAGCGGCGCGCUGGAGAUCUAGCCCUGGAGGGGCGGGUCAUUGCGCUGCUUGAGGAGAACGCGAGGUUGCGGGCUGAACUCCUUGCCCUCCGUUUCCGCUUUGGCCUGGUACGCGAUCCGUGCGAGGAGGCUCGAGGAGCUUAUGUCCCACCAUGCAACCUCCACGAGCCUCCUCCUCCUAACCCUCCUCCGCCCAUGCCGCAUUCAGAAGACUCUGGCUUUUCUACGCCUAGUGUUGGAAGCCCCGUUUUCUUCGAGGACCGGGUCCCCGAACCAGAACCGCAACCCCUGCAGCCUACGAGUAUAAAUUAUUACGGCGCUGUUGGAGGAGAGACUGUGGAGAUUCCUCAAAGGAGGCUGGACACUCUUCCUGAUGCUUUCAGGAGCCUUCCACAUAAGUUGCGGUUUAAGUCCUGUGCUCCGGGGGAGGAUGGGCCUCAUCCUGCAGCUCCCAUGGCGAGAGAAAUAAAUGGUUACGCUCCAGAAGUGGCCCCGGGAUUUGCCCAGCAGCCAAUGCACUGUCAGCGGGGGCGGUGGAACGGUCAGGGGCAAGAUGGGAUAGCGGCGCAAGCCACAGACAGCAACGACUUGCGAUCCCAGCUUGCCUCGCUUUCGGCAGAGGUGGCCCAGUUGAAGAAAAUAUUCUCCGAGCAAGGGGUGACACGGAACGGGCCCGAUUAGAACACCCAUUUC